UUGCAUACGGCACAGGGAAGCAGCAGCAGCAGCAGCGUGGGCGUGUCCACCCGAACCCACUGCUGCUAGCUCAACUAGCGCGAUUUGUUUUGAUAUCGAUGGUGUUUAGAUGGUUUUAGUUUUUGUUUUUCGUGUGGAAUUAUUUGCGAACACACAGCGCGAGCGCGGAAGCUUCGUGAAGCUCUGGCCUGAUGGAUGUCCAGUGGCGUUAGGCUGACGCGCGCUGACACAUGCGCGUCCAUCGCAGCGCAGCGCAGUAAUAAUCGCUCGUAAGCCCGUAUAAGCACAUUAAUCGGUGGGCCGGUGAAGUUUUCGCGGAAGCAUUAAUGUUGUCGACAGUCACCCCUGAUCUGUCUCCAGAGACUCCCCUACUUGGAUCCCUUCCGCUCCCAGCGCCUCGACCCCAAGCAGCGAGCGCUGCCGUCCCCGCGGCCCCCGUCCCGCGAGCUCACCGGAAGCAUAGUGAAGCAGGACACAGCAGCCAGCCGGCGCGCGGCAGCAUGGAGGUGGGCAUGCGCGUGGUCCGCGGCGUGGACUGGAAGUGGGGCAACCAGGAUGAAGGAGAGGGGCACAUUGGCACGGUGGUGGAGAUCGGCCGGCAGGGCAGCACCACCACGCCUGACAAAACUGUGGUUGUGCAGUGGGACAGCGGAACUCGGACGAACUACCGCACCGGCUACCAGGGUGCAUACGACCUGCUUCUGUAUGACAACGCACAGAUAGGUGUCCGACAUUCAAAUAUCAUUUGUGACAGUUGUAAGAAGCACGGCAUUAUGGGAAUGCGCUGGAAGUGUAAGGUGUGUUUCGAUUACGACCUGUGCACUCAGUGUUACAUGAACAACAAGCACGACCUGACGCACGCCUUCGAGCGCUACGAGACGGCGCAUUCACAACCAGUGAGCUUGACGCCGAGGCAGAACCUGUCCAGAAUCAUCCUGAAGGGAAUCUUCCAGGGUGUGAAGGUGGUCCGGGGGCCUGACUGGGACUGGGGCAACCAAGACGGAGGCGAGGGGAAGGUUGGGAAGGUGGUGGAUAUUCGUGGUUGGGAUCAGGAAUCGGGUCGUAGUGUGGCGAGUGUCACCUGGUCCAAUGGAACCACAAACGUCUACAGAAUGGGUCACAAGGGCAAGGUGGAUCUCAAAUACGUGUCUGAUGUACAGGGAGGAUUCUACUACAAGGAGCACCUGCCCAAAUUAGGCGAGCACGCGGAGCUGCAGAGGCAGGAGAGCGCAGACACUCACUCGUUUCAGCAGGGUGAUAAGGUCAAGUGUUUGCUGGAGGUGGACAUACUCCGACAGAUGCAGGAGGGUCACGGAGGCUGGAACCCAAAAAUGGCAGAGUACAUCUCCAGAAUUGGGACUGUGCACAGAAUAACAGACCGCGGAGACGUGCGAGUCCAGUAUAGUAACAACAUCCGCUGGACGUUCCACCCGGGAGCUCUGACCAAGGUCAAUACAUUUGCGGUGGGCGAGCUGGUGAAGGUUCUGGAUGACAUUGACAGUGUGAAGAGACUUCAGGUUGGCCAUGGCGAGUGGACAGACAGCAUGGCUCCUGCGUUGGGUCAGGUUGGGAAGGUUUUGAAAGUUUAUGCAGACGGGGACCUGCGUGUGGCGUUUGGAGGUCAGACGUGGACCUUUAACCCCGCUUGUCUCUCUGCCCAACCUGGUGAGGUUGAUGCCAAUCUGAUGACGGCUGAGAACUCCAGCGAAUCAGGAAGUACGGUCAUUUCAGUCCUGGAGAAGUUGCUGUCUCAGUCGACAGAGCAGGAUCAUCCAGGACGGCUGGUUAUCGAGGCAGCGCAUGGGAGUGCUGCUAAAGUGCGCGAAUUGGUGCAAAAAUACCCUGACAAGGUGGAUAUAAAGAACCAGGGUAAGACCGCUCUGCAGGUUGCCGCCCAUCAGGGGCACGUGGAGGUGGUCAAGGUUCUACUUCAGGCCAACAGCAGCAUUGAAACUAAAGAUGAGGAUGGAGACGCCGCUCUGCACUACACAGCGUUCGGGAAUCAGGCAGAGAUUGCGCGUUUGCUGCUCAGUAAAGGAGCCAGUGUGAACCUGCUGAAUAACUCCAUGUGUACGGCGCUGCACAUCGCUGUCAAUAAGGGCUUCACGGAUGUGGUGAGAGUGCUGACGGAGCACUCGGCAGACGUCAACCUGCAGGAUUCAUAUGGAGAUACACCCUUACAUGACGCCAUUGCUAAAGACUUCAGGAGCAUCAUUGAGAUUCUGACUGUGGUGCCCAAUAUUGAUUUCACCCAGCAGAACAACCGCGGGUUUAACCUGCUGCACCACGCGGCUCUGAAGGGCAACAAACUCGCGACGGAGAUGAUCUUGGCUCGAGCGCGACAGCUGGCUGACGUUAAGAAGGAAGAUGGUUUCUCUGCUCUGCAUCUGGCCGCCCUGAACAACCACCGUGAUGUAGCUGAGAUUCUCCUCAAAGAGGGUCGUUGUGACAUCAACAUCCGCAACAAUCGGAAUCAGACGCCGCUCCAGCUGGCUGUGACUCAGGGUCACGUGGCUCUAGUGGCCCUGCUGGUGACGGAGGGGGCAGACGUCAACGCGGAGGAUGAGGACGGAGACACGGCCAUGCACACGGCUCUCAGCCGACAGCAGCUGGCCACUGUCAUGAGCAGCGGGGAGGGCGAGGGUGCUGUGCUGUACGGCCGGUUGUGUAGCUCAGGGCUGAUGGGAAACACGGAGCUGAACGUUGGUGCUGCUAUCGCUUGCUUCUUGGCACAGGAAGGGGCCGAUAUCAAUUAUGCCAACCAUAAAGGUAAAAGCCCACUGGACCUGGUCACAGACAGCAGCGUACAAACACUCAUCAGGAGCUUCGCGGAAAAACACAGACUUCAGGCCAUCACGUGUGGCACGGGCACUAGCAGCAGCAGUCUCAGGCGGGUACACACUACGCCCAACACCAUGACCAACCUGGCUGUGCCCAGCGUGACGGGCCCCAGCGAGUGCCUCAUCUGCUCCGAGCUCGCUCUGCUAGUGCUGUUCUCUCCCUGUCAGCACAGCGUCGCCUGCGAGGAAUGUGCUCACAGAAUGAAGAAAUGCAUCCGCUGCCAGGUGACAAUAACAAAGAAAAUUCGACAAGACCAAACGGAGGUGGAGUGCAGCCCGAGCUCGGAGAACUCCGAGCAGCACAACCUGCUGGAGCAGCUGCAGUCGCGCUACAGGCAGAUGGAGGAGCGCAUCACAUGCCCCAUCUGCAUCGACAACCACAUCAAGCUGGUGUUCCAGUGCGGCCACGCCUCCUGCAUCGACUGCAGCGCCGCGCUCAAAACCUGCCCUAUCUGCCGACAGACCAUCCGCGAGCGGAUCCAGCUGUUCGUCUGACAGAGCCGUGGCGUGGCGAUCGUGUGGCCGUUCUCAAAGCGAACUGAAGGGAAGACGGUUGGCUGCUUGUGCUUCAUAGUCUGUCCUGUCCCGAGCGUCAUCAUUUAGCCAGGACUGCGCCGGGCUCUCGUGCGGGACCGGAGGAUGUGAGACUUGAUUGUCUCGCCUUGAAAAUCAUCGUGAAAUUCGAUUCAGGAGAAUUUGGACCUUGUUGACAAUGUUUCCAAGUAGCAUGAGGACGUCUGCUCCGACGACUGGCAAAACAUCUGUAACUACAGUAUUAUCGAGUGAAGGAGAGUUUAUCGGCUCAUAGGAGAUCAUCAGAUGUACUCCAUACUGCUGAUUAUAGUGAACCGUAACACAUACCCAGCAUGCAACGUACUGUAAGCUGACAUGUCACAUCAGCCCGACGCAAAACCUGGGCCAUAUUUUACCCUAAAAUCCAAAGAAAGAAACUGCUUUGUAAGAAUAUUUAUUUUGUGACAUUUUCACCCUUAAUUCUCAUUACUUUGAUGAAGUGUUUAUGCAUUCAUGGUAGUACAGUAUUUGUUUUACUCUUGCUAUAAUUUAUGAAAUGAAACAGAAACAUUAUUACAGCACAUUUACAAUGAAUAUAAUUCUCCUCAAAACGUGUCAAAUGUCAUUUAUUAUUUUUGUUCAUUUGGUUUUGGGGUGAAAUAUGGCGUGUUUCCGUGUUCUCCAAACACUAACUUCAUUCUAAGCCAGAUCUGAACCACAGCACUCAUCAGUCCCUGAGAAUGACGUGAAUAUCAUCGGCCGUGUUUUGUGCCGUCGUUCGUCAGAGAGUGAUGUUGUACAGAUGCCUGUACCAUAUGCCUGUACCGUACCACGCGCAGAUAUAGGAUUUACUGAAGCUUUCCACGAGCAAGAGAUAUACAUACUGCAUGCUGGUGAGCGUAUUAUCUACAUCAUAUAUUGUGUCACCAAUACCAUUUGUAGUGUUAUAAGUACAGACGACCUGUGAUUUCUACCUGUGUGUGAUAAUGGCUCUGUGUCUGUGCAAGGGUCCGACUGAAAAGGCGCUCAAGACCCUUAAAUGCAUAAAAGUAGAUUAAAUUGUGUCAGCAAAGGUGCUGAAUGCUUCCCAAUACUAGGAGUUGUUUAGUUUUCUCAGGUUCAUGCAAGUCAGUUCGACUCAGAGAAUGCAAGAAGCUUCCCUCUGUAAACUUUACAAAACGUUCAGCCUUAUCCACUGGCAUUGCAUGACAUUAUAUAAAGUAUUUAUUAGCCUCAUAAACCAGAUCUCCCACUGUAAUGCUUUGUGAAUUGCUUUGUGAAAUCACAUCACAGUGAAUUGGGAACUCUUACGAUUUAAAGAAAAUUUAAUCACUGCUGUCAUUAUUUCCUCACCCUCUUAUCAUUUAAAUCACAUAUGUUUUUUCCCCCAUUGAACACAAAGUAGUUUUUUUUUUUUUUUAAUAAAGUCGUCAUAUACUACUGUAGCUCUUAUGUCUGUCAAGCUUCAAAAAAGAACCAUAAAAUCAGAUUAAAAAAACCAAACAUGAUUUUACUCCAAGGUCAUACAAUAUCAGUGUGUGAGAAACUAUGGAAGCUUGUUUCCACCACAGAAUACAGAAAUAAAAAAAGGUAAUUGCGACAUUUUAUCUUGCAAUUCUGACUUUUAUUGAAAUUGCUAUUUUAUGUCUCGCAAUUAUCAAUUUUUUCUCAGAAAUGUGAGGUAUAAACUCACAUUUGCGAUUUAUAAAGUCAGAAUUGCAACUUUAUUUUCUCAGAGAUGUUGCCGUUAGCAAGUUAAAAUCGCAAUUCUGACUUUUAUAGCAAUUGCGAAUUAUAACUCGCAAUUACAAGAAAAGUCAGAAUUGCAAAUUUUUAUACCUCACAAUUCAGACUUUAUAAAUCACAAUUGCGAGUUUAUACCUUACAAUUCUGAGAAAAAAGUAAAUUGUGAGAUAUAAAUUGGCAGUUGCAAGAAAAGUCAGAAUUGCGCAUUUUCAUAAUACAUUCCUGAGAAAAAAGUAAUUGCAAGAUAUAAAUUUGCAGUUGCGAGAAAACUCGCAUUUAUAUAAUUUCUGAGAAAAAAAGUCAGAAUGCCAUAUUUUUAUCUUGCAAUUCGGACUUUAUGGCCCGGUUUCACAGACAGAGCUUAGACUAAACCAGGAUUUGGCCUUAGUUCAAUUAAGAUAUUUAAGUAGCUUUUAUAAAUGUACCUCAGAAAAAAACAUUACUGGUGUGUGUCAUGAGACAAAACAAUGACACUGACAUACUUUGACAAUACAAGUUGUUUUCAGUUAAAACAGCUCAAAUAUGCAUUUUAGUCUAGGACUAGCUCAAGCCUUGUCUGUGAAACCGGGGGUAUAAAUCACAGAAUUUCGAAAUAUAUAUUCGCAAUUGAAAGAAAAGUGAGAAUUUAUAUCAUAAUUUGGACUUUUUUUCUGAGAAAUUAAAAAAAAAAAAGUGGUUUAUAAAUUCAGAAUUGCAAGAUAAAAAGUCCUUACAAUUACCUUUCUUUGUUUUUUAUUUUUAUUCUUUUUAUUUUAUUUAAUUUUUUUAUUUUUUAUUCUGUGGCAGAAACAAGCUUCCAUAAGGAACAGACACACAUUUUGGAAAAUUGGUAAAAUAGCUCACGUCAAAUGGACUACUUUUAUUGUGCUUUUUUUUGGGAGUUGGAAUCACUAUAGUUGCAUGGAAAGAGCUGUGCUCACAAGUUGUGUGGUGUAAGGAUGCUUAAAAAGUUUCCCUGAAAUAAGACCAGCAGGAGUUUGUAAUGGCAUGAGGGUGAGUAAAUGUGAACUGUCAUUUCUGAGAGAACUAUUUCUGUAAUGGUUAUUGUAUUUCACCUACCAUUAUGAUGUAAAAAUUGUGUUAGAAUGGCAGCUGGGUGUGUUUCGUCAGGAAGUGUAUUUUACCAUUGUUAGUUAAAAUAUUUGAAAUGUUCCCCCAUUUCCAACAUUAGACCUGUAAGUACUUGAGCAUCAGUUCAUCCCCUCUAAUUGUCCGUUGAGUGUUUUUGUUCCAGAAGGGCUUACUGUGUGCAUUUAUUCUAUUUUAAUGUAUUUGUCAUUCUGUGACGGGCUUUUUUUUUUUAAUAGGUCCUGCUUUUGGGACAGCCAACACAAAUAUGUAAAUUUGAAUGUCUUGCUGUACGCCAACCGCUGCAAAGGUCUGCAGUUCAUGAGAAAUACGAUGGCGGAAUUAGUGCCAAAAUAUAUCAGCGUGUGCGGAAGAGCGCACAAACGUACAAGAGCAUCAUGUCCAGAUGAAGCCUUUGUGAUAUUUUGAUUUAACUUAUCGGUCCUUGCUACAGGGCUGGACUUACAAGCUUACUUAGUUGUACUUUAUAAUUCAUUUAAACUGAAAAUUUGUGUAGUUUUUUUGCUUUUUCAAUUAAGAGGACAAUGGAAGUCAGCCUCGACUUGUAGAAUAGAAGGACAGUCUAGUUAUAUGAAGCUUAUCUGCUAACAGCUCACGAUAUACAACAACUACCUGUAAGCCAUCACUUCUGCUCAAUAUUACUGGUGACUACUUUGCUGUUUCGUAAAUUAUUCCUGUUUAUGUUAGUUAUUAUAAUAUACAAAGUAUCCUAAGUUUGCAAUAUGAUGUAAAUGGCAUGUCAAAUCAAAACUGAUUGCAGUUGUGAAGGCAAAUUUCAGAAUCCAGAAAUCUGAAGUUUGAGUUCAGAAUUCACUCACAGAAUGUUGUUGUCGUCUCUUCCGUGUAGAAUAUUGACAAUCUAGAAUUCAUCUAGAACUGUCACUUUGUUUUGGCAGUUGUAAUGAUAUUGUUUGUGCUGUACAUAAUACUAAUUCAAAAGAACAAAAUAUAUGUGAGUUGUCAGCAGGUAAGGACAAAAACAUGAUAAUGAAGGACAGAUAUGGUUUGCUGAGGAAAGUGUAUGUCAGAUUAUUUAAGCAAAAAAAAAAAUGUUACAAAAUGUUUAUACAGUUCAGUAUGUGGAGUUCCGAUGUUGGCCUUACUGUCCAUUUCCUAUAUUUAUUUUAUUGUUUUUGUCACCUUUUUUUCAAGUUUUACUCUGUAAAAAAUAUUUUGCAGUAAACAUUGAACUGUUUUAUAAGCAUA